AGUGAGAGAGGAGUCGAGCAGAGCUUCACCUCAUAGAAGAGCAGCGCGAGUCCCCGCAGCAGUCAAUAGAGGCGUCUAGUCCAGAGACCGAAACUGCACAUUUCUUUCGGUUUUCAUUGCACGUAUGUCGUUGUUAUUAUUAAUAAUACGUGAUAAUUACGGAUAUUAAAACGAGUGUAAUACUUAUUUAAAGGAAGAUUUUGGAGUUUCGUAAAGAGACACAGAGAGAGAGGGGAAGAGAUGUCCUGUUAAAACGAUUCUUCAGAAUCAGAGCAGCGAAGACCAAAACACCGGAGAAAAGAAUUAAUAAAAAAGACAAAACAGAGAGCGACACCGAAAGCAUUUCGAAGAGAAAAAAAAAAGUGUCACCUCCUGUGAAGGUAUACACUCCACGGCACCGAGGGUUUUGCUCCUUUCUCUUCCUGGCAGAGCCAUAAGGCGGGGCGCUAUACGGCGGCUCUUAGCUGCAGAAGGGGCAACGGGGGAAGCCGUGCUAAAAUAGAGACCACAUUUGCCCCCACCCCUCUCUCUCUCUCUCGUUUUUUUUUUUAUUUUUUAAAUUUUUUUUUUUACUCGGCGGUAUUUAUUAAAGUGUGUCCCGAGACUUGAACGAGUUGUUCUUAUCGAAGAGGCGGAGACAUAACUUAUUAGGAGGCACAUCGCCUCAACUCUUGUCGCCUGCAAACAUGAUGAUGAUGUCUUUGAACAGCAAGCAAGCUUUCAGCAUGCCUCACGCCAGCCUGUCCGAGCCCAAGUACUCCAGUUUGCACUCCUCGACCCCAACGUUGACUUCCAGCGCCCCGUCUUCGUGCUCCUCCGCGUCCAGGAACAGCAUCAGCAUCAGCAUCAGUAGCAGCGGCAGCAACAACAACUCUGGCGGCUCCGGCAGCUCGGAGGGGAUGCGCCGAGCCUGUCUCCCAACCCCACCGAGCAAUAUAUUCGGCGGCUUGGAUGAGAGUUUGCUGGCCCGCGCUGAAGCUCUGGCGGCUGUGGAUAUAGUCUCUCAGACCAAGAGCCACCCUCAUCCUCCUCAUCACAGCCCCUUUAAGCCGGACGCUACCUACCACACCAUGAACACUAUCCCGUGUACUUCUGCCGCUUCGUCUUCCUCCUCCGUGCCAAUAUCUCAUCCUUCUGCCCUGGCAGCACCUCACCAUCACCACCACCACCAUCACCAUCAUCACCCUCAGCCACACCAAGCUCUGGAGGGGGACCUUCUGGACCACAUUACCCCAGGGCUAGCGCUGGGGGCCAUGGCCGGGCCAGAUGGAUCUGUUGUCUCCACACCGGCUCACCCGGCGCACAUGGCAGGUAUGAACCCCAUGCACCAGGCAGCCCUCAAUAUGGCUCAUGCCCACGGACUGCCUUCGCACAUGGGCUGCAUGAGCGACGUGGACGCCGAUCCCAGGGACUUGGAAGCGUUCGCCGAGAGGUUCAAGCAGAGGAGGAUCAAGCUUGGGGUGACCCAGGCGGAUGUAGGGUCAGCCUUGGCUAACUUGAAGAUCCCGGGAGUGGGUUCCCUCAGUCAAAGCACCAUCUGCCGAUUUGAGUCCCUCACGUUGUCGCACAACAACAUGAUCGCCCUCAAACCCAUCUUACAAGCCUGGCUGGAAGAGGCGGAGAAAUCACACAGGGAAAAACUCAACAAGCCGGAGCUCUUCAACGGAGCCGAAAAGAAAAGGAAGCGCACCUCCAUAGCGGCCCCAGAGAAAAGAUCCCUGGAAGCUUAUUUCGCCAUCCAGCCUCGUCCUUCAUCGGAGAAAAUCGCGGCCAUAGCAGAAAAACUGGACCUGAAAAAAAACGUGGUCCGUGUUUGGUUUUGUAAUCAGCGGCAAAAACAAAAGAGAAUGAAGUAUUCUGCAUGCGUGUGACGUUUUACAAAAACAGCGGGAAAAAAAAAACCUGCCAAGAGACAGACAGGCGACAUGCGACAUUUGUAAAAUAAUUCUGAUCUCAUGUACUUUACUUUCAUGUUCGUCUGAGACCUGGACUUGUAAAAAAGCGAAUUUUUGUUUGUAUCCAAAGUGAGUAAAAAAAAAGCACUCAAAAAGGAAAAAAAAAAAAACAAAACACUGAAAGAAUUCCAGAAAAAAAGAAAAAAAAAAAUCGAAUACACACGUUGAACCCUUAAAGGACGUGGAGUCGUUUUUAAAGGAUUAAAUUGUCAGAGCAAGUAAGACUAUUAGUUUCUUUCCCUUAUGCUUCCUCCUUUCUUUUUCCUUAUGAA